AUGAGAAAAUGUAGUGGUGAAAGACCAAGUGAUCUGGCCAAAGACUUCCUGCCAGUGGCAGCAGAGAAAGAUCCAAGUGUUCUCAGUCACCUCACUUGCUCCAGGGCUUUGGGUACCAAACCUUCCUGGAUUGAAGGGCUUGUCCGAGCCAUACUGCACACCAGCCAGGUGAAUGUGAUCGCAGUAGACUGGGUUUAUGGGUCUACAGGAGCCUAUCCCUCCGCAGUGGAAAAUGUCACACAGCUGGCCCUCGCCAUCUCACACUUCAUCAGCAAGCUCCUGGCCCUGGGAGUCUCAGGGACAUCUAUCCACAUCAUUGGGGUAAGCCUCGGAGCACACGUCGGGGGCCUGGUGGGGCACUUCCAUGGCGGUCACCUGGGACGGAUAACAGCCCUGGAUCCUGCAGGCCCUAAGUACACCAGAGCCAGCCCCGAGGAACGCCUGGAUCCUGGGGAUGCCCUCUUUGUGGAAGCCAUUCAUACUGAUGCUGACAAUUUCGGGAUCCGGAUUCCUGUAGGCCACAUCGAUUACUUUGUCAAUGGAGGCAAAGAUCAGCCAGGAUGCCCCCGAUUCAUCUCUGCAGGCUAUAACUUCCUGAUCUGUGAUCACAUGCGGGCUGUGCAUCUCUACAUCAGUGCCUUGAACCAUCCCUGCCCCAUCAUGGGGUUCCCCUGUGCAAGUCAUCAAGAUUUUCUAAAUGGUCAUUGCCUGGACUGUGCAGAACCCUUCCUGACCUCCUGUCCCAGAAUAGGCCUGCUGGAGCAGGCAGGUGUCAACAUGAGCAGGCUGCCUCAGGAAGUGAAAGUUUUUUUAAUGACCAGUCCUUCAGCCCCAUUCUGUGUCCACCACAGCCUGGUUGAGUUCCACUUGCAGAAGAAAAGGAACAGAGUGACCAGCAUUGAGAUCAGUUUCAGCAGCAACAGCACCAAGGACACAGCAAAGAUCACCAUACCCAAGGACCAGGAGACAGGCAAACAUCUGCUGGCCCACCGAGUUCCCCUCUGCCAGGUAAACAGCGUGACCCUGAGGUAUAUCCCCAAGAAUCGUUUUUGGAGCAAGGAUGAGCCAUCUGUUGUUGGCAAGUUCUGUGUAGCACCACUGCCUCUUAACAGCAGCAGGACAACGUCGUGCCUGCCCAGGAUCCUCACCCUCCCCAGCAACACAGACAUCUCCUAUGACCUGCCCACUGCUUGUGCCUAGCUCUGCCUUCAGGAUAUGCAGAACCAGAAAGGAAUCCUAAAUCUAGUGCUGCUCCCUGCUCCCAGAUGAUACUUUCAGCAUAAAACUGGAUGGGUUUUUUACUCCCUGCACUAGGGGCAAGAUGUCAAGGAAAAGAAGUGCAUGGCAGAUUGACAAAUACAAGCUUAACUGGUUACAGCAAAA